AUGUCUUCUGACACGGACAGGACGUCUUCUGCAGACACAAGGUCUUCUAUCGAGUUGCACGAACUGAAGGUUCUCAUCGACCAACCCGAACCAGGCAACAUGGAAGGCGACCCAAGCGGCCAGAUACGACAAAAGAUCGGCCCCAUCGAUGAGCUCGGUCUGGACGACCUCAGUGCCCCGUCUACGAUCACCGACGAGAUGAUCAAGAGUAAGGCGGGAGCCCGAACCCUGACUGGCAAGGUCGAGUCGCAGGCCCAGCUCAAGAAGGCUAUCUGCAAUCUGGUACAGGUGCGCUGGAUGUUUGAGAAAUCGGCUUAG